CCUGGGAACUGGGAGUGGGGGUGUGGGGCCAGCUGGGACUGGCCCGUUGGAGAAGCGGAAGCCUGGGAGAGGCGUGGGAGAGCGACAUAGACAAAGACAGAGAGACACGAGAGAGACCAGGAGAAAGAGAGACAGACCCCCGAUCUGAUGAAUGAGAUCCACACAUAGAAGCGACCGUAGCACACUCAUUCAUUCAUUCACUCGCUCAGCAGAUAACUUACUGGGCCUGGGCUGUGCCCCUGCAGGGGAGGCCCUGCCUCUGUGGGGGCUGACCUUCUGGUGGGGACACAGCCCAGAAACAUGUUAAAUGAGUAAAUCACAUCGUUGGGAGCAGUAAGGGUAGCAGAGACCAGGUGUGGGGGAGCCAGAACUUCCUCAUUUGGGGAGAAGGAGGUUCCCACCAAAAUCCUGCCUUCUCCUGCUCCUCCCCAACUCCCUCUAAGCCAGGCGUGGGAGCGGGGGAGGAAGGGAUGGAGAAGGCCCAGCGCCCGGAGCCACCCGAAGGUGACUGCUGGGGUCCAGGGACUGAGGCUAUUGUCGCCUUGCUGAAGACCCCUCCUAACCUGCGCGCCUGGGGUCCGUUCGCCGACGGGGCGUGACGGGGCGUUCUCGGGGUGCAUCCCGGAGUCUCAGCUGCAAGGUAGGCGGGAAGUAGGCAGGGACCAGUGUCCAGGCCCCAUAGCACAGACGGGACCCCUCUGCUGGGGGGGCAGGAAGAGGCUCAGGCUACGACCGCCCCUGCUGAGAACCUCCCCUUCCCGCUUCUCCGGGUCCUCCCACCGCGACGGAGCGGUCCCUGGGAGCUGUUCAGGCCCGGAGGGGGGAGCCAAGGGCUCGCCGGUGCCAGUCGCCGACGGGGCGCGCUCCGGUGCCGCGGCGGGUGGCACAGGCUGGCAGCCAUGGGCUGGGUGCCCGGGCCCCAAGGGGAGGGGGCCACUGCUGGCGACCGCCAGAGGUCCGCGUCGUGGGCCCUCCCCCUCGCCUGCCAGCUCCGGUCCCGCCCCCGGAGCCGCGUCCGCUCACUCUGCUCCGGGCAGAGCAACUGCCGCCGGCGCACGACCAGGGCGCGGGCCUUCGGGGCAAGCGGCCCAUGGAGUCGGGGCUGCUGCGGCCGGCGCCGGUGAGCGAGGUCAUCGUCUUGCAUUACAACUACACCGGCAAGCUUCGCGGCGCGCGCUACCAGCCGGGCGCGGGGCUGCGUGCCGACGCCGUCGUGUGCCUGGCGGUGUGCGCCCUCAUCGUGCUCGAGAACUUGGCGGUGCUGUUCGUGCUGGGGCGCCACCCGCGCUUCCACGCGCCCAUGUUCCUGCUCCUGGGCAGCCUGACGCUGUCCGACCUGCUGGCGGGCGCGGCUUAUGCAGCCAACAUCCUGCUGUCGGGGCCCCUCACGCUGCGCCUGUCGCCCGCGCUCUGGUUCGCCCGUGAAGGUGGCGUCUUCGUGGCGCUCGCUGCGUCGGUGCUGAGCCUCCUGGCCAUCGCGCUCGAGCGCCGCCUCACCAUGGCCCGCCGAGGACCCGCGCCCGCCGCGCGUCGGGGCCGCUCGUUGGCCAUGGCGGCCGCCGCCUGGGGCGUGUCGCUGCUGCUCGGACUGCUGCCGGCGCUCGGCUGGAAUUGUCUGGGCCGCCUGGACACCUGCUCCACGGUCCUGCCGCUCUACGCCAAGGCCUACGUGCUCUUCUGCGUGCUCGCCUUCCUCGGCAUCCUGGCCGCCAUCUGCGCGCUCUACGCGCACAUCUACUGCCAGGUGCGCGCCAACGCGCGGCGCCUGCGGGGACGCCCCGGGGGCGCCCCGGGCCGCGCACGCCGCACGCCGCGCUCGCUGGCGCUCUUGCGAACGCUCACCGUGGUGCUCCUGGCCUUCGUGGCGUGCUGGGGCCCCCUCUUCCUGCUGCUCUUGCUCGAUGUGGCGUGCCCCGCGCGCGCCUGCCCGGUGCUCUUGCAGGCCGACCCCUUCCUGGGCCUGGCCAUGGCCAACUCGCUCCUGAACCCCAUCAUUUACACGCUCACCAACCGCGACCUGCGCUUCGCUCUCCUGCGCCUGGUCUGCUGCGGCCGCCGCCCCUGCCACAGAGGGCAGGACGCCUCCCAGGGCUCCGGGAGCCCCGCUGGGGCUUCGGAAGGCCUGAACCGCUGGCUGCCCCCUGGCUUGGAUGGCAGCUCCAGCCGCUCCGAGCGCUCAUCCCCGCAGCGGGACGGGCUGGACACGAGCGUCUCCGCUGGCGGCCUUGGGGCGCCCAUAGCCGCCCGGACCCUGGUACCCGCACCGGCCGCCGACUGAUGCCUUUUGGCCUGCCGUUACCCUCCCUAAGGGCCAUUUGGCAGACUUUUUCUUUUUAAAUAAGGAAUUGCUAGGAAAAGCAGCUGAAGAUGGUGGCGGCAGAAGAGACAAAGGGAAACGUGUUUUAUUUACGCUAAACCUCCGAGCAGUAAGUGAAACAGACAAAAAUCACGGCCCUCGUGGCAUUGACAUCCUGAUGGGGAACACAGGCAAUAACAAUGAAGAAAUCAUGGAGGUAAUUGCAGCUGAUGCCUUCCAUGGUGGUCAGGGGAUGCUCCACUGCAGAAGUGUGACAUAUACUGUAAGCUGAGCCGUCAUUGCCCUGGGAACACUUGAAAGAAGAGCGUUGCAGGGUGAGGGAACGGCAGUGCAAAGGUCCUGAGGCCGGAACAUGCCUGUGCCUUCUCAAAAAAGCGAAGAUCUCCUCGUGGCUGGAGCAAAAACGGAGGAGGGUAGUGGGAGGAAACAAAGGCAGGAAUACGAUGGGGCAGAGCCUUGUGGGCUCCGUGGAGGACUUUGCUUUUACUCUGAGUGACGUGGGAGGCAGACGUUGGACUUGAUUUGCUUGAGAUGCUCACAGAUCUCUGUAAGGGGGAAGGUCGAAGCUAGAACAAGGUGAAAGUGCCUGCACUGGCCCAGAGAGCAACGAUAGGGGCUCAGGCUAUGUGGACAGAAUCACUGAAGAAUUGAGUGUAGGCAUGAGAGAAAGAAAAGAAUCCUGUUUAGAGGAGGGAAUGUUAAAGACACGGCACCCUAAACUAAAAUUUGACUGUGGAAGACA